AUGUUUAACUCGGUGAACCUGGGCAACUUCUGCUCGCAGUCGCGCAAAGAGCGGAGCGCUGAGUUUGGCGAGCGGGCAGGUUGCGCCUCCAACCUCUACCUCCCCAGCUGCACCUAUUACGUCCCUGAAUUUUCCACCGUGUCCUCCUUCCUGCCACAGGCCCCCUCUCGCCAAAUCUCCUACCCGUACUCCGCCAACCUCUCGCAAGUGCCGCCCGUCUCCAACCCCCCGGCCUCGGCGGGCUUCUACGGCGGCAUGAGCAAAAACACCGUCCUGCCCCAGGGCUUCGACCGCUUCUUCGACAACGCCUAUUGCGGCGCGGAAAACCCCGCGGAGAGCUGCCUGCAGAAAAGCGAGGGCAAACUGGAGCCCGAGUCUCAAGCCCAGGCGCUGGGCGGCGAGCCGGGGCUGGACCCGGAAGACGAAGAGGAGAACACAAAUCCCGGCUCUUCAGCCUCAUCCUCCUCUGUCAACAAGGAGAGCAGCAAAAGCAGCAACGCGAGUGCUCCCAGAACAAGGAAGAAGAGAUGCCCCUAUUCGAAAUUCCAGAUCCGAGAGCUAGAGCGAGAAUUUUUCUUCAAUGUCUAUAUCAACAAAGAGAAAAGGCUCCAGUUGUCUAGGAUGCUAAAUCUCACCGACCGACAGGUUAAAAUUUGGUUCCAGAACAGAAGAAUGAAAGAAAAAAAAUUAAGCAGAGACCGCCUGCAGUAUUUCUCUGGAAAUCCCUUAUUGUGA